AUUCUGCAAAUUUUAAAUUCAUACCUUUAUUCACAAUUAGAGUAAUCGUCUACAAUGUGGAUUGGAUUUCGAAAGAUACUUUUAUUAGUAUGUAUAAUAAUUGUUUACGUCGCUGCGGAUGAUUUUAAAGAAGAAAUAUUUAUUAAACCUUUACCGCCGACUAAUCUUUACGUCUACUUCCAAUUUAUUACUCAAAAUGAAGAAACAUCAUUUGAACAUUCCCAUUUAGCACCACGGUCCCUGGGGGAAAUUAUGUCUCGUUAUCAAGUUGACGAGCUGCAUCUAACAUUGACUGAAGGCCAAUGGAGACACAACAAAUGGGGCUAUCCUAUAUUAGAUGCAUCUUCUGGUGCAGAACUUUAUGCUUGGUUUUCGCCCAGUGUCACUGAUGUUGAUACUCAUUGGAGGAAGUUGAGUGCUACUCUCUCUGGACUUUUCUGUGCUUCACUCAAUUUUAUUGAUAACUUUAAUACUGUAACACCUCAGAUGGCCAUGUGGCCUAUGGGAGCAAUAAAGGUCAAUAAGAAUGUUACAUCACAGCUCAGAUAUGCUACAUUGCCAAGAGAAAUUGUUUGCACUGAAAACUUGACUCCAUGGAAAAAAUUGUUACCAUGUGAGUCAAGCCAUGGUUUUGCAACACUUCUUAACUCAAGAAUGAUACACAAUACCAAUUACCAUUCCAUAGGAGUACAUGUUAGAAAAAUAUGUAAGGUUGAAGACUGCUCUGAAAUAAACCUAGAAAUAAAGCAAACUGUUGCAUUAGUAUAUGAUUUAAAAAUUAUUAACAGAUUGGAUUGGUCGUUUGCAAAACUGUUUGGUCAAGGUUUGCCAGGGCCAUGUCCACUAUCAUCAUCUAGCAAAAUCUAUGUAGAUGUCUCCUCAAAUGAUACAUUUCCGUUUAAGUUAUAUCCUUUGCCUGAUAGUGUAAUAUUUUCACAAAGAGGAGGUAGCGAUACAACACUUGCUAUUUAUAAUAUCAUUCCAACAAGUCAUAUGAUAAACAUUGGAGUUGAUUAUGGUACAAAAGACAAAGUACUAGUCACAAUACCACCACCACUAACAUUUAACCGAUAUGUGCUUGGUUAUGGCAAGGAGUUUGGUGGUAUAGUUACUGAAAUAAAAAACAACUACUGGGCACCGAUUGAUAUUGUUUUAUUAGAAAAUGCUCCUUGGUGGUUGCCUAUCCAAUUGAGCUCUCUAAGAAUAAAUGGGGAAGCACAAAGUAAACUAGUCAAAUCUUUGUAUUAUUCUCCUGGGCGAAGUCGACAGAAGCCUUAUCAUUUAGAAAUUCUUAUGCAUUUACCUUCAAAGUCUACCACAACAAUAACAAUCGAUUUUGAAUUUGUGUUCUUGAAAUGGCAAGAAUAUCCUCCGGAUGCUAAUCAUGGGUUUUAUAUUGGAUCCGCUUUGAUUUCUGCAAAUCUACCCACUGCCAGAAAUUACACUAGCUUACCUGUCACUGGAAGUACUAUGGAUUCAAUAAUAAAUGCAUCAAAACCAUGGUAUCCAGCAAUAUUCAGAACUAAUGGGGCAAUGGUUUCCUUGCCAACUCCUGACUUCAGUAUGCCAUAUAAUGUGAUAUGUCUUGCAUGUACAGUUGUAGCUUUGGCCUUUGGACCUCUACAUAAUAUUUGUACUAAAGAACUUGUAUUAAAAGCUGUAGGAAGCCCUAUUUCUUUACGACAAAAGAUAAUGAACUUAAGACAGUGCCUUUGUUGCAAAAAUUGUACCGAAUGCCAGGAGUUUAAGAAAAUUAUUUCAGAAACUGGCUUUGAAGUGUAUCUGUAUGUACAAGAUACGGAAUGUCGUAAUAAAAAUUACGAUUUGUUAGAACAUGAAGGUUUUAUUUUUCAAAAUACGCAAGAUGAUACAAUAAAUUCCAAUGAAUUUUUGAGAAAAAUUGAAUCAAGCGAUUUUACAUGUCAACGAUGUAGAGCUAUACUUAAAAGACUUGCUAAUGUUUUUAAAAACACGACUAUAAAGAAAAACGAAAUAAUAGUAAUUUGUGACUGUUGUAUAAGUGAUAAAGUAAGUGAAGUGGAACCAUGGAAAUAUUGUCAUAAUAUUUAUGAUAAAUUUAAUUUAAACAAAUCAUUACAAGAUAGUUUAACGAAAGAGUACACGGGGAAAUGGAUCUCGCAAAUUCGUCAGAUAUUGGAUAAAAAAAGUUCCACACAUCAAUUGCUAGCUCUUCGACGGAAAGCGUCACACGGGCCGGAUUCUCCGGAUUUAUUAUCGCCGCAGAAGCGGAUUAAGUAUGAACGACGAGUCAAUGAUGUCUUAAAAAAUGAAGCAGAAAUAAAUAAAAAUGAGUCAAGUUUAUUAUGUAUGUCACCCGAGCGUAUUUAUGAACCAAAACAAAUAACGGAUGCCCCAAAAAUGGAAGUUCGAAGCCAUUUAGAUAUAGAGGAAGUCACGAAGCAAGAGGGACAACUAUUAGAGUCAGAACUUUCCCAGCAAUUCGACGAAUAUGGAGAAUUAAAGUCAAUUAUACCCAUUAUAACAAGAGUUUCUAAAGAAGCAUUCAAAUAUGUUUUUCCUAAAACUGACACCGACUUUCACGACUUAAAAGAGUAUGCCAGUUCAAGCGAGCUGCUUAAAGAAAUCCAACAGAAAGUUAUGUUAUUAAAAAAAAGACAAAAGCAGAAACCCUCGUCAGGGGAGAGAAAACAAAAGAAAAAGAAGGCUGUACGGGUAACUUUAGAUAAAGACAAAGAAGUAUUGGAUGUUUCGUCUCCUGCAAGUGUGGAACAAAGUAAAGUGAGACGUGGUAAAUUAAUAAAGGAAUCAAAACAAGACAAAGACUACGAAAGUUCAGAUGCUUCAUCAAGAAAAAGUACCGCCCAACACAUAAGCAAGCGGCCUAAAAUGCCCCCUGAAACGCCGAGUCCGAAAACUAUUGAUAAAGCUGAAAAGACAAAACGCAAACCUGAUAAAGAAAUCACUUCAGAAAGAUUGGAGGAAAAUGUCAAAGAGCGUAGUAAGAAAGAUCGUCAACCUGGUAAAAAAGAGCCUGAAACUGAAAUGAAAUAUGCGGAAGUAAAGCCAGAAAAGAUCAAACAAGUAGAAGAGAGCGGCGACGGUUUAAUAAUGUCAGUUAAAAAAGCUUCAAAAGAAUUACUGAAAAAGAAGGAAGAUAAACCGACCCCUCAGCCGAAACCACAAAAAGAAAAUAAAGUAACGGUAAGCGAGUCUUACACCAAGGCUACGAAGGAUGCUAAAGAUACCUUAACAGCUCCAAAAGAACCUAAAGUUCCGAAAGAAAGUGAGAAGGAAAAAAGGAGUAAAUCUGCUUACACGGAAAACAUAAAUGUAAACCAAGUGAAGAUUAGGAAAGGCUCUGUUGACGAUCUUAACAUAGGUUUGCUCAAAUUAAAAGAUUCAAUGCAACAAGAAAAAGCAAAAAAAUUAACGCAAUCAGAACUUUAUAUUUUACCUCCGCCUGUGAAGCGUCAACCACCUCCCAAAAUUGAAAGAACCCACUCGGGCAGCCGCGAAGAUUCUGAUUUAGAUACUGACAUUGAAGAGUUAUUAAAUAAAAGCAAAUUAAACCAAGUCAAUGAAAUCAUCAUAGGCCAAAAAAUCUUAAAACAAAAACUACGAGAUAAAAGGGAUAAGAGGAAAGAAAUUCGACCUUUGUUAUUUGAAUCUACAUUUUAUGCGGUUGAUACAGAAGUUAAGAAAGAAGUCAUGGAUAAAAAAACGUCCAUUUCUCUUUAUACAGAAGGUAAAAAGAAAAGAAAAAUUAGCGAUCAGGAAGCUGCUAAAGGUACUGUGCGGUAUGCAUUGUCAAAUCGCUCAUUUAUUGACAAGGGCUGGACUAUGCUGCCCACUGAGAAAAUAGUCCGGAAGUUGAACGUAUACCGAAUGCGGCCUUCACAUCCUGAAUUCGAUUGGUUCGAGAACAACAAGAGCAAACAGGUGAUGUACUACGACACGGGUGAGAUUCUCGCAGAGUUCCAUGAAGACGGUAGAGGGCGCUGGUACUACAGGAAUGGCAGAUUAGCAUUGGAUUAUUAUAACGCGGAAGAGAUGAAUGCCGGUCAACGGUAUGUGGUGUACAGCAAUGGAGAGCCGGACGAGAAAGGUUGCCCUCGACCUAUAACUGUUCUAGCGACAUUUGACUAUCUCGGCAACGGAAUUGUCUUUGAUCAUACUGGGAAAACAAGACUCAAAUAUAAUCAAACUGAAGGAGUCGUGUUAGAUACAAGCAUUGGCCCGGUAUCACAUUGGAAGUGGCACGAACUAAACGAUCCUCCGGUACUACAAAAAGUUAUGUUGGACACUCAAAUGGCUGUCAAAGAUCCUGAAAUACUUAAACUUGGAGGUAGGGACACGCAAACUGUGCGACCUGACAAUGAAGAAAUGCUAGCGAUCGAGUUCGACAACUUUAUUAAGGAGAAAAGCAAAAAGCUGACGCAAAAGUUCAAACCGUUUCAAAUUAAAAUGAAAGCAUUGAAAGUGAACGAAAACUUUUCGUUGCGAGUUUUAGAUCAAGCGAGCGUGUAUCUUACUUUUAGAGAUGGUACGACGAAUUUGAAAUUGAAUUUGGGUAUGAUUUUAGACCAUAAAGAGAUAGUGGACACGGAAACCGCUGAAGUGGGAGAAGUGUCGUGUAAUGUGGAGCGGUUCCCGGCUCGCACGGACAGUCUGGCGAUGUUGCAGCGCAGCAUUGCGCACGCGCAGCACGUAGAGAGACUUCGACUGGAACGUGAGCGCCGGUACAAGAUCUCAGAAAUCAAAAAUAGCAUCGACCGUCUGACUGCGGCGGCGUCGAGACCUUUACAGCCGCCUCACUAUUUCCAACAGACCUCUGGCCAUGCUAUACCCAAAACUGAAUGCUAUUGUAAACUCGAAAAUCCUCCCACUUGUACCUGACAUACCUCGUUA